AUGGUCUUAGGAAACCACAGCACCACCACGGAAUUCAUCCUCCUUGGACUGUCUGCCAACCCCCACAUCCAGGUCACGCUCUUUGUGCUGUUCCUUGGGAUUUACCUCCAGACCAUGAUGGGGAAUCUGAUGAUGAUGAUGGUGAUCAGAACUGAUUCUCACCUCUGCUCACCCAUGUACUUCUUCCUCAGUCACUUCUCUUUCCUGGAUCUUUGUUUAACUUCAGUCACUGCACUCAAGAUGCUGGAGAAUCUCCUGUCUCAGAAGAAAUCAAUCUCAGUAGAAGGCUGCCUCUCUCAAGCUUUCUUUGUUUCCAUUGCAGGGACUGAAGCCUUUGUGCUCUCAGCCAUGGCCUGUGACUGGUACAAUGCCAUCUGCUACCCACUGCUGUAUGGCCAAGCGAUGAGCAAACAUUUGUGUGGGGGUCUGGUAUGGGUCUCCUGGGGACUGGGCUUUCUGGAUGCUCUCAUUAACACCCUCCUGGCUUGGAAUUUGGACUUCUGCGAGGCUCGUGUCCUGCCUCACUUCAGCUGUGAGCUGCCAUCUCUAUUCUCUCUUUCUUGCUCUGAUAUCUCUACCAACUUUGCAGUUCUGGUGUGUUCUGCCAUUGUGCAUGCCUCUGGAAACUUACUCCUGGUCUUCUUCUCAUGUGCCCGCAUUGCCUCCACCGUCCUGAGCAUCAGCUCCACCACAGGCAGAAGCAAGGCCUUCUCCACCUGCUCCUCCCACCUCACUGCAGUGAGCUGCUUCUAUGGAUCUGCUUUUCUUCGCUAUCUCGUGCCAACCCUGAGUUCCCCACUGGAGUUGGUUUUUUCCAUGCAGUACAGUGCGGUCACUCCCCUAGUGAAUCCCCUUGUCUACAGCUUGAAGAGCAAGGAAGUAAAAGCAGCUCUGAGAAGAAUGUUGCAAAAGGGUUUACAACAUCUCCGAUAG